UGCUCAAGUCAUUGCCUUUCUCUCAAAACAGAGUAUUCGUUGGAGUUAGCUGAAAAAAAGGCUGUUCCUUUUUCAUUCAGUCUUUCCCGAGAUCUCUCUGUUUCUGACAUUGCCGUGAAAGUCUCAAAUGCUCGCCCAAUAAAGCAAAUUUUCAGAAGAAAAGAAAAAAAAAGACACACUUUUGUCCGUAAAUUAAGCUCUUUGAAACGUCAGGGAAAGAGAAUCCCGCAAAACUCUGUCUUUCCUCCUCUCUGUUUUUUCUGUGACGAGUUUGGUUAUUUUUCUUGGAUAAUGAUGUUUUAUGAAAAUGAAUCCAACUUGGACCGAUUCCUCCGCUGCACUACACCAAUCGUCCCUGCUUAUUCCCUCCCAAAGACACAGAUCAAGAAUCUCAAUCGUCUAUGGUUCCCGUUGGAGAGCGAGAGCAUCGAGUAUUUCAGGUUGAGCGGUUUUUGGGAUUGUUUCGACGAAUGGAGCGCAUACGGUGCAGGUGUUCCCAUUUUGUCGGAAACUGGCGAGACAUUGGUCCAAUACUACGUUCCUUACCUCUCUGCAAUCCAGAUUUUCACCUCUCCUUCUGCUCUCAAUGCUCUAAGGGAGGAGACUGAAUCUGGGGAUUCAGGGAGCGAGUCAUGUAGCGAGGAGUGGAGAUGGGAAGGUUGUUCUUCAUCAGAAGAAGGAUUUGAUCAUCAAGAACCUCUUGAUCGCCUCGGAUACUCUUACUUGCAGUAUUUCGAGAGAUGUACGCCUUAUUCUCGAGUGCCUCUCAUGGAUAAGAUCAAGAAUUUGGGAGAAAGACACGCAGGUUUGAGAUCGUUGAGGAGUGUUGAUCUGUCUCCUGCGAGUUGGAUGGCUGUUGCUUGGUAUCCGAUCUAUCACAUCCCCAUGAAUCUGAGCAUAAAGGAUUUGUCUACUUGCUUCCUCACUUACCACACGCUUUCUUCAUCUUUCCAAGAUGUGAAGAAAAAGGAGAGGGAAAGGAUAAGUGUUGGUGCAUUUGGGAUGGCCACUUAUAAAACGCAGGGGAGACUAUGGGACAAUGAUAGAUUGCUUUGCCUUUUGAGCGUAGCAGAUUCUUGGCUAAAGCAGCUUAGGGUCCACCACCAUGACUUCACCUACUUCACCACUACUCCUUAUUAUCUCUAAAUACAGUGUUUAGAUCCAUACUUGGUUAACAAUCUAUUUAGUUUUUUUGUUUAAGCUUCGAAUAUGUCAAUAAUGUUCGAUAACAUUUGGGAAAAGGAUAACCACCGGCUUUUUUUUUU